UAUCGCAUGCUUUUUAGUGAAAUGAUGAAAAUGUAUCUCAAAUUAAUUUUUUUCUCUUUGUGGAGUCUGGUUGGUUUCGGGGUCAGGUCCUUCAGGUUGUUUGAUGAAAAGAAGUUCGUGAAAAUAGCAAAUUCAGUCACUCUAAACUCUGGUGUCACUGAAAUGAAGGAUGAUGAUCUGAUUCAGUGGAGGUUUGGAAAUGAAAACACUUUAAUCGCUGAAAUCAAUAAACAGGGCAACAGCAUGACUGUAUAUGAUGGUGUUCUUGAUGGGAGAUUCAGAGACAGACUGAAGCUGGACAAUAAAACUGGAUCUCUGACCAUCACAAACACCACAACUGAAGAUACUGGAGUUUAUGAACUGCGGAGUAACAGGGUGGGAAAGCUUUUUCUUUUAAUUGUCUAUGUUGAAAUAUUAACGAAGGAGGGAGAAUCAGUCACUAUAAACUCUGGUCUUACUGAAAUAAUGGAUAAUGAUGUAAUUCAGUGGAGGUUUGGACCUGAAAUCACUUUAAUAGCUGGAAUCAAUAAACAGGCCGACAGGAUGACUGUAUAUGAUGAUGUUCUUGAUGGGAGAUUCAGAGACAGACUGAAGCUGGACAAACAAACUGGAUCUCUGACCAUCACAAACAUCACAAUUCAACAUACUGGAGAUUAUGUACUAUUGAUGAACCAUAUGAUCAUACAGUACUUUCUCACUGUCUAUGAUGAGAUAUUAGUGAUGAAGAGAGAUUCAGUCACUCUAAACUCUGGUCUUACUGAAAUAAUGGAUGAAGAUGAGAUUCAGUGGAGGUUUGGACCUGAAAUCACUUUAAUAGCUGAAAUCAAUAAACGGGCCGACAGCAUUACUGUACAUGAUGAUGUUCUUGAUGAGAGAUUCAGAGACAGACUGAAGCUGGACAAACAAACUGGAUCUCUGACCAUCACAAACAUCAGAACUGAACACACUGGACGUUAUGUACUAUUGAUAUUUGGAUCAAAACCGUCAUUAAAAGCUUUCAGUGUUUCUGUCUAUGACUCUGAACACUGUUGUGGUUCUGCUGAAGCUGUGAUCCGAUUGGUCCUCUCUGCUCUGGUGGGCGUGGCUACUGUCGUUCUUCUGGUUUAUGACAUCAGAUCCAGAAGAGCUGAACAAGAUCAAGCACAUAUUCACACAUCAGAAAGUAUUGAAAUCUAAAGCUGAACGCUGUUCUUUAUAGGCUCUUCAUGUGUGUUUUUUGUUCUUGUAGUGUUUUUGUCAUAAUGACUACUUGAGUUUGCUCUCUCUUUCAAUAUCAGAUAGUGCCUUUUUAAAAAUCUCUGAGAUACAUAAAACAGAUUAAUAAAGAGACACAGAUCUCACUUCACUGCU